AACCUCUAAAAACACAUCUUUAUCAAACAAAAAUCAUCAAUUCUCUCUAAAAAAUACCCAAAAAAAAAUAGUUAAUAUGCUCAUGCAUCAUCCGGCAGCAAAAAAUGGACACCGAAGCUCGAGAUGGCCAUCGAAAGGGAACGAUGUCGGUGGAAAUACGGGACAGAGCUUCAAUAGGAAUACAAGAGCCACAAGAGAGAAGAUGCAACAGUUCAGCUCUUGAUCGGCAUCGUAGCUGGAAGGUUCAGACCGGCCAAGGGAUGCAUCAAUGGCACAAGAAUCUCAUGAUCUCAUCCUUCAUCAGCCGCCCUGGAGUGGACGAUAGCGCUAGAAUAGAUUCCGGAUUGGGGAAUGGGCUUCUGAUGGGGAGGGUAGUGGUAGUCGGGUCGGGUCUGUUAGUGGAUCUUGAUCCAUGACCAAACAAAAAUAAUGCAAUAAUUCCUCUUGUAAAAAAAAGUUGGAAUCCACUUUUCAAGAUUCCAGCUUACAGAAUCAAACAGUAUCUCUUCGAAACACUUCUACGUUGACCGACUCCCUUGUGUUGUCUACUUUCUUUAUUCAUAGGGCGGAGCACCUUCCCAUUCUCACAUUCUUCUUAUUCUUCCAACUUCUUCGAACAUUCAGUGAAAGAGUCAUCACUUUUGUUAGGUACUGAAGCCUUUCUUUGUCUGUGUUCAACGAAAGUUACCUGGGUGAACUAGUUCUAGGGAGAGGGACAGAGACUUACUUUCACAGGGCCGGACAUGUUUUUUCCUCGAACUGGCUAAACUCCGAUGCUCAAGUUAGUCACAAUCCAAGAGGAUUUCUUUGCUAUAUCCUUGUGGAUUACCUUAAAUUCUGAAAGCAAUUUGUGUACGGAUUUGGAAAUGUACUUGUUGGAGAGCAAGGCGGGUGCCAUAGUUUGCAUGCUUUUGGCCCUUUUCUUCUUGGGGACAUGGCCUGCUAUCUUGACUUUGUUAGAGAGGCGAGGGCGUCUUCCUCAGCAUACUUAUCUUGAUUACUCGCUCACCAAUUUCCUUGCUGCUCUUUUCAUUGCAUUCACAGUUGGUGAGAUAGGCAAGAGCACACCAAGUGCGCCAAAUUUUUUAGCUCAACUUGCUCAGGAUAAUUGGCCCUCUGUUCUGUUUGCAAUGGGGGGUGGUGUGGUCCUAAGCCUUGGGAAUCUGGCCUCGCAAUAUGCUUUUGCUUUUGUUGGGUUGUCAGUUACUGAAGUCAUCACUGCAAGCAUAACUGUUGUUAUAGGCACAAGCUUGAAUUACUUUUUGGAUGGAAAAAUCAAUAGAGCUGAGAUUCUUUUUCCUGGAGUUGGUUGCUUUCUGAUUGCAGUUUGUCUAGGUUCUGCUGUUCAUUCUUCGAAUACUGCUGAUAAUAAAGUCAAGCUCAGCAAUUUAUCAAGUGAUUAUAACGCUGGAUCAGUGGACUCUUUCACAGAGGGAGUAAAACCAAUGGAUCUUGAAAGCGGCGGUGACGAAAAAAUUAAAGCAGGAAGUGCUGUUUUUCUUUUAGAUCUUGAGAAAAGAAGAGCUAUUAAGGUGUUUGGGAAGAACAGUUUCAUUGGAUUGGCUAUAAUUUUUUUUGCCGGAAUAUGCUUCUCUUUGUUCUCACCAGCAUUCAACUUAGCAACAAAUGAUCAGUGGCACACACUAAAGGAAGGGGUUCCCCAUUUGACUGUUUAUACUGCCUUCUUCUAUUUCUCAGUCUCAUGUUUUGUUAUUGCGAUUAUUCUCAAUUUCAUCUUCCUUUACCACCCUGUCUUAAACUUGCCCAAGUCAUCGUUGACGGCGUAUUUCAGAGACUGGGAUGGCAGAGGUUGGGCCUUGUUGGCUGGUCUCCUUUGUGGAUUUGGUAAUGGUCUCCAAUUUAUGGGAGGCCAAGCAGCAGGAUAUGCGGCAGCAGAUGCUGUUCAGGCGCUUCCAUUAGUAAGCACCUUUUGGGGCAUUGUUCUAUUCGGGGAAUAUCGGAAAUCAUCGCGGCGUACAUACAUGCUGCUCGGGAGCAUGUUGUUCAUGUUCAUUGUGGCUGUUGCUGUCCUAAUGGCUUCAUCAGGGCGUAGGAAAUACCAAUGAUCAUUUUAUAGACAAUGUAUUCAUAUUAGUAAAUAAGAGAUUUAGUAUUCUUAUUGUUCAUUGGUGUCAACUAGACAAAGCAAACUACUACAAAAAGGGGGAUGGAAAAGCAGAAAUUCAGUAGGUUGAAAUGUUUUCUUAUUUUCCAUGUAUAUUUUGAACUUUCAAGCUGUAUAUGUUGCACAUUAUUUAUCCAAUGUUUCUGUA